CCUGUGCCCGACGUCAUAUGGAGUAGAUUUGCUUUCCUUUUCUCCGAAAGGGGAGGAAGUUGAAUCUGAGUGGCCCACGAUGGGAAGAGGGGAAGCCCAGGGGUACAGGAGGCCUCUGGGUGAAGGCAGAGGCUAACAUGGGGUUCGGAGCAACCUUGACCGUUGGCCUGACCAUCUUUGUGCUGUCUGUCAUCACUCUCAUCAUCUGCUUCACCUCCUCCUGCUGCUGCCUACACAAGACCUGCCGCUGACCACAUCCAGUUGUCACCACCACCACAUCCACCACUGUGGUGCACACCCCUUAUCCUCAGCCUCCAAGUGUGCCGCCCAGCUACCCUGGACCAAGCUACCAGGGCUACCACACCAUGCCACCUCAGCCAGGGAUGCCAGCAGCACGCUACCCAAUGCAGUACCCACCAUCUUACCCGGCCCAGCCCAUGGGCCCGCCAGCCUACCAUGAGACCCUGGCUGGAGGAGCAACCAUGCCCUACCCUGCCAGCCAGCCUCCUUACAACCCAGCCUACAUGAAUGCCCUGAAGGCGGCCCUCUGAGUGUCCCCCGGCCUCUCUGGCUGCCACUUGGUUUUGUUGUGUGUGAGUGGUGUGCAGGCAUGGUUCCUUAUGGCCCAGGCGUGCUGUGGGUGUGUUGCCUGUAUAUGUGGGUUCCUCUGAUGCUGAGGAGGUGGGGAACGAUCCUUGCCAGAGUGGGCUGGGAUCAGACUUUAUUCUCUUCCUCACCUGAAAUUAUGCUUCCUAAAAUCUCAAGACAAACUCAAAGAAUGGGGUGGUGGGGGCACCCUGUCAGGUGGCCCCUGAGAGGUAGGGGUUUCUCCAGGGCACAUCUGGAGUUCUUCUCCAGCUUACCCUAAGGUGACCAAGUAUGGCCUGUCACACCAGGAUGGUGCGGCUUUCUGUAUGAUGCAGAUGUGUCCUGGUUUCGGCAGCAUAGCCAGUUGCUGCUCGAG